UCCGGUUUGUCACCCAAUCUCUGAGUUACUCAACAUUUUAUUCAUUUAUCCAGCUCCGGGCCUCCUUUUAAGCACACUAGCACACUCCCUGAGUAGAGCUUUACAAUGUUCAGCCUCCACAUGUUGACGCUCGUAUACUUAAUACCAACAUAUGUUCUGGCUGUCCCCAUUGGAGAUGCCUCAAUCUCCCCCAUCAGCAAGACCGUGCAAGCACCAUCUCCCGUUUCAAUUUACGAUUUGCGUCAACCAUUCGCAAGUGGAGAAAAGGAUCCUAUGGGAUAUUUAAAAAGAUACGAUCCUUUACGCUACUCGAGAAGCGAGAUGCAGCCACCCAGAAUAAACAAAAUGGAGAGGGAUAUGACUGAGGCAGAAAGGGCGAUGGUCGAAAAAAUUCUUGACAAGUACCCACCGGGGGCAGCUUACGUUAUUUUCGAUGGUCUCCCUGUACCUGUCAGACUACCAACAGAGUUCUGGGAUUGUGAAUAUGCUUGUGGAAAGGUCAAGGUCUAUCGCUCUGAUGGCACUCUGAUAAAAGAAACCGGGUGCUGUCAUACCAACUGUGGGUGUAUAACAAGAGACAUCCUGCUAAUUCUCGCGGACUGCUUGGCGGCGAUAAUCGAUGCAAAUAACAAGCAACAUGACCACAAAUACCAUUCAUCCUUAUUACCCUAUUCCCCAAUUUAUCAUUGGCAAAAGCUUGCAAGGGAUUAUCGGUCGGCAAGAGUAAUCGAGAAGAGUUAUAUUGAGAAGUACAAUGCGUACUUGACAGAUUUCAUGAUCAAUGUCGGCCACAAAGGUAUAAAAGCCAAACAAAGUUAAAUGGGGAUGACUGGAAGAUCACCUUUUUCAACUCAAAGCUCCCUCAUUGGUUAGCGCGGACGGAAAAACAAGUCAUAUACAUUCGAAAAUUGGCAUAAUCAGUUGAAGUUUGUCUCAAGGCAAUGUCUGCUCAUCAAUCAAAUCACGCUAGGGGAAGGUCAAGCUCAAGGGAAUACUCUCUUGCCAUUCAAAAUGGUCCUUUUAUUUUCUGGAUGAGUUUCCACCAGAAUUCCAUUCUCAUCACACACACGUUCCUGCCAUCCAAAUUUCCAGCAAAACCUCUGAAUGGAGCUUCACCUGGAAUUGAUAAGAUAUAUUUUUUAAUUUUCUGCAUUCCCUUCCCCCAUUAUGCACUAGACUACCCCAUCUGAAUAGUUCAUUUCUAGUUAUCGUUAUUUUUGAAUUUUAUGUUGUGAAUGUAGCGUUUCGGAAGUCAGAACAACCCCCCAGUCCUGGUUGGUAUCUUUUUUAACCCAUCUCUGUAUGUCCAGCUGCUCCAUUUGAUUUGGUGAACCAAAAACUCAUUACUGGUUUUAUAACUACAAAGUGUGAGUGAGUGAGAUCAAGAUUAAAAGUGUAGGAAGAGUGAAUAAUCUUUCUGUUAUAGUAGGGUCC